CUUCGUAACGUCUUCUGCUUGCUAUCCUAUUCUCGAGAACAGCGCACAUCAUUCCAGAGCGACAGCAGCAACCAUGGCCACAGACCGUCUAAACAACAUCCUCAGCCACCUGAAACCGUCCGGAAGUAGCGGCCUUUCCGCCAUCACCCAGAAGAACCCCGACGAUGUGGUCAUCACUCUCGCUCUGCGGACCCCGCUGACCAAGGCCGUCAAGGGCGGCUUCAAGGACACCGACCUCGACUUCCUGAUUUAUUCACUCCUGAAGGAGGUGGUUGCCAAAUCGAAGCUUGAUCCUACUUUGAUUGAGGAUGUGUGCUUGGGGAAUGUCAACGACGGCAAAGCCGCCUACAUCAUCCGUGCCGCCUCCCUAGCCGCCGGCAUCCCGCACACAGCCGGCGGGUCCUCGGUGAACCGCUUCUGCAGUUCCGGCCUGAAAGCCGUCCAGGACAUCGCGAACCAGAUCCAACUGGGGGCGAUCGACGUGGGGCUUGCGGUGGGCGCGGAACUGAUGUCCGCGCCGAGCGGCGACCGAAUCCCGCAGCCCUUCCACCCGGACAUCCUGCGCACGCAGGAGGCGGCCGACUGCAUGCAGCCGAUGGGCCAGACGUCGGAGAACGUGGGGGCGGACUUCAACAUCUCGCGGGCGGAGCAGGACGCGUACGCGGCGGAGUCGUAUCGGCGGGCGGAGGUGGCGCAGAAGGCCGGGUGGUUCGACGAGGAGAUCGUACCCAUCACGACGAGUGUGAAGGAUCCCAAGACCGGGGAGGUCAAGACGGUUACGCUUACCAAGGAUGAGGGCAUUCGGUACGGGACGACCGCGGAGAGUCUGGCGAAGAUCCGGCCCGCGUUUCCGCAGUUCGGGGACCGCAGUACCGGCGGGAAUUCCAGUCAGGUCACGGAUGGCGCGGCGGCGGUGCUGCUCAUGCGCAGGUCGAAGGCGAUCGAGUUGAAUCAGCCGAUCCUGGCCAAGUUCUGCGGGGCGACGGUGGCGGGCGUGCCGCCCCGGGUUAUGGGGAUUGGGCCGACAGCGGCGAUUCCUAAGUUGCUGGAAAAGUUCGGGUUGAGUAAGGAGGAGGUCGAGUUGUUCGAGAUCAAUGAGGCGUUCGCGUCGAUGGCCGUCUAUUGUCUCAGGAACCUGGGGUUGGCGCAUGAGAAGGUCAAUCCCAGGGGUGGCGCGAUUGCGCUGGGCCAUCCGCUGGGGGCGACGGGGGCGCGCCAGAUCUGUACGAUUCUGAGUGAGGCGCGGCGCACGAAGAAGAAGGUCCUGGUGACGAGUAUGUGUAUUGGGACGGGUCAGGGGAUGGCAGGGUUGUUUGUCAAUGAGCAGGUUUGAUUUGGUUCGUUAUUCGUGAAGUAUACUAGUGCUAUCUUGGUUUGCUAGGUAGGAGAUCAUGGAUAUAU